UCUAAUUUUAAUAUUCAUAGACGUUUACUAAUUAAUUGUAAUUACUCAUGUAUAUUUUUUGGUAAAAAAAAAAACAAUGAACAUUUUUUAUAAUAAAUACAUAAGCUAAAUACUUUACAAGUAAUAAAAUAAUAAACAUUCCUCAUUGAUAUUUUUAUUAAAAACAGUAAAUUUAAAUGAAUAUAUAAAAAUAUAAAAUGUCAAAUGACUGUGAAAAUUCAUUGAUAACAAGAUUAAAUAAUAAAGCAAAAGUAGAUUUUACCAACAAAAAAUUACUCGAUCUUGCUGUUCGACUAUCUAAGAUAUAUGAAGGAGGUAUAACAAGCAAAAAUAAAAAUAAAUAUGAAGACUCAUAUGUAUUUUUUACACGUUACUUAAAUAUAGUAGCAUGGGUUAAAAAGCAAAAGGCGUAUAAUGAUGUCCCUAAUAUUUAUCAACAAUAUAUUGUGCCUAAACAAAUUGAGGAAGUUAAAGCUCUCGUAGAUAGUUUAUUAAUAAAAUUAAAAUCCGAUCAACAAGUGAUAAAUGAACCAAAAAAGAAAAAACACGAUGAAGAUUCUUACCUCGAUAAACUUUCUAGUUGUCCCGACAUUCCAGAUGAUGAACCUGUUAAUAAUAACAACAAUAACAAUAAUGUUAUUAAAAUAAAUAAUAAUAAUAAUAAAACUAAUAAUAAUGAUAGCAAUAAUGAAAUCAAUGAUAGCGAUAAUAAAAAUAAAUUUCAAGGUUUUAUAACAUGUCAAGAAUUAUUUCCAGCAAUUGAUCAUAGUAGAACUUUGAUACUAGAUGUUAGAUCUGAAAAUGAUUUUAAAUUGUCACGGAUUAAAGCCAGAAAAUGUAUCAAUAUACCUGAAAAUUGUAUCCGCCUUGGCUUGGUUGCUAAGAAGUAUUCCACCUUCAUUAAAGAUCCUAAUGAUGCAACACUUUAUGAAGAACGCAGCAAUCAAUACAUAGAUUUAUUGGUACUAGUAGAUUGGCAUACAACUCACGAUAAAUUAAAACCGUCUAGUCCAAUAGCGUUAAUGAAGGAAAUAUUAACAAAAUGGGACCCAGGAAAAUCUAAAGGAAAUCUCGUUAUGCUCGAAGGUGGUUUCAAUGAAUGGAUAAAUGUCUAUCCGACAUUUGUAACUGACCCGAAUGUCACGUGUCCAUCGGAUUGGGAUAACCAUCCCGAGUAUGAUUUAAUACCGAAGAUAGAAUAUCCUAGCUGGCUGAGCACAGAUCCAAAGCGACCUGGAUCUAAUCUCCUUAAAUUGAUUCCUAAACAUACUACAGAAAUUAAUGAGACAUUAGACGAAAUAAGUAACUCGGUUUCACGGCUGUCACAAGAUUUUAAUCAAAUGGAAAUUGAUACCUCAAAUGAAAGUACUAGCUUUCAUAAUGGUGAUGUUGAUGAUACGACGACUAAACCUAAUGCUAAUGCUAAAAAAACAAGUAUGCCAGUAAUUGAUCGUACUAAAAAACCCACCAAUAAGGAUCCGGAUAUUUUGGCAUAUUUUGAAAUUUUGAAGCAACGUAAUGAUCUUGCUGAGUAUCAAGAGAAAUUAGAAAACCAGUGGUACAGAAUUGAGCAGGGUAUUCUUGAGCUGGUUAAAGACGAUACUGAUACCACGGAAAAAAUACAGGAGCGAAAUCUUGUUAAAGAAACACUUGAUAAAAUACUUAAAGAUAAAAAGAUUAAUAAACUACAGGUAAAUUGUAAAAAAAUGCCACUUAAAAAUAAAAUUACAUAUUGUUCUGCUGAUGAAACAAAAUUAGAUAUCCGAUUCGGGGAUAUAGAAAGUCGAAUUAAAGAGACUCAAUUAAAGCGUGAAGAAGUCUUAAAAAAUAUUGAAAAAAUAAUAACAGAAAGAGAAGCAUUCAAUAAAAAUAAAACAAAUAAAUAUGACAAUGAAAUCUAUAAAGAGCCAUUAAAAUCAGAGGAUGCUACGGUAACAAUAAACUCUGAUUUAAAAAGAUCUUUGUCAAGCCCAAAUCUCGCCCAGUAUGAGAAUUCAAAAAAACCAACAUUUGAUCGGUCAUCUAAGCCCUCGGAAUUCCGUAAAAAUCUAUAUGGCAAUACUCAUAAUAAAUCCGUUGAUGAUUCAAAUCUUUCUCAUAUGAAACCGGUUUUUAUGGAUAAUAUGCAACGAGGUACAACUGGAUUAAAAAAUCUUGGCAAUUCGUGUUACAUGAGCUCAAUAAUUCAGUGUUUGAGUAAUACUCCAUAUUUAUCUACGUACUUUAGAAACAAUAGUUACGAAGAUGCUUUAAAUGAAAACGGUAGUUAUGGUAACAAUGAAAAAUUAGUAAUAGCAUUUGCCCAAGUUAUUAAAUCACUCUGGACUGGUACCAUACGUCACAUUUCACCAAUCGAACUCAAGUUGACAUUAGGAAGUUUAAGCAACGCCUUUGGUACUAAUGAACAACAAGAUUCCCAUGAAUUUUUAAUUCUUUUGCUAGAGUGGAUGCACCUCGCUCUCAGAACGGACAACAAAGAAAUUCGUCCGAAUACUCCGAUGUCCGAGGCCGAGAAACAAUACGAGCAAUCAUUGGAAGGAAAAAGAUCGGUAUUGAGUGAAUUAUUUAAUGGACAAUCACGUUCUACAUGUACAUGUAUAUCUUGCGGAUUUCAUAGUGCGACUUAUGAAACCUUCAAUAGUUUAACACUUUCAGUGCCUGAAAAUUCACCAUGUGAUUUGUAUGAUUGUAUUGGACAAUAUUUAAGUGAACAAAGUAUAAGUGAAUGGAAAUGUCCAAAAUGUAAAGUUGCUCGUCCAGCAACUAAAAAAUGUGAUUUUGUAAGAUUGCCGCCAAUUAUUAUUAUACAUUUGAAUCGUUUUAGUGGAACUGAUGGAAUAAUGACUAAAAAAAAUACUUACGUUAAGUGCCCGCUUGUUAAUCUUAAGUUACGUCAUCUUGUUGCUAAUGACAGUACCAAAAAUUAUAGUUAUGAUCUGUAUGGUCUUUCUCAUCACAUUGGUGGUAUUCAUGGCGGGCAUUAUACGGCCUAUUGUAAAAAUAAUCAAAAAUGGUUUAAAUAUGAUGAUGAUCGAGUGUCAGCUGUAAGUGAAUCAGAUGUUAAGAAUAUAAGCUCCAGUGCCUAUUUAUUGUUUUAUUCGUCAAUAAGACACGAUUCCUUUAUAAAUUCGCACUAUUAAAUUAAUUAUUUAAUAAAUAACAUAUUUGAACAAUGAAUCAAGUAUGGCUUAAUAUAUUUUAUAUAUAUAAUUUAUAAAUAAUAAUAAUCUGCUAUAUUUAUUAUUAUUAUGUAAAUAUGUUUAUUUAGAAACAAAUUAUAGUAAGCAAUUGUUGAUAUUAAUUAUUAAUUAUAAAUAAUAUAAUUUAAAUACUGCAAUAA